AUGGUAACGGCGGAGUCCACGGCAACCACAAUGGCUGGGCGGGGCGGGGCAGGGCGGGGCGGGGCGAGAGCGCCGGGGGAUGUAAACAGCGUGCGGAGGGAGGAGAGAGGCGGCGCGCCAGCCGCAAUGGGAUGUGGCACGUCCAGAGCCGUAUCCACGCAAUCGGAGACCGGCGCAGAGGACAGUCUGGAAAGAAAACGCAAGAUUAAGAACAAUAGGGAAAGCAGCAAAUCAAAUGUAAUUGAUGAUUUGCCUAGAUCCAGAGUGUCAGAUGAAGAUUUAAUUACAUUGCCCGGAGCAGUGCAACAGUCCUUGCCACCCUUAAGGAAACCAAACAGGACAGUACUGCGAAAUGGAUUUAAUGAUGAUUUAGCACUUACUACAAGCAGCUUGCUGAAGAAGAAUGGACCAAUAAAUGAAAUCAAGGAGAGACCAAGAUCUGCUGAGAUUUUGCAAGAACUUUUAGUUCAAGGGAUCUUAAAUCAGGCUCAUAAUGAAGAAUGGCAGGAGGUCUGCAGUCCUCUGUUUGUUGUGAAGUCAACUGAUGGAAUCCUAAAGAAGUUUCCGUCCAGACUCGAUAAGUUAAGGAAAGAAACAACUAAACAAAAAAAUCUAACAAUAGAGGAAAUUGAAAAGAAAAUGAUGACAGAAGAAGAAAGAAGAAAGAUGAAAGAAGUCAAGUUAAAGGAAAGACUGAAUAAGUUUAAUUCUUCAGUGUUGACAAUUGAAGACCAAUCUACUGGAAAGCCAACAGUGCCUGACCAUGCAAAAAUGGAGGAAAUUGUUGAGAAAAUAACGAUCAAACAGAAAGAAAUCCAGCAGGAACUGCAGGAGGUGUCAAAGGGAAAAGACAGAGAUGAUGAACUGGAUGAUAGGACUGGGCCAAUCCAGGAGGAGAGCAAGGUUAAUUAUGCAGACAGCUGCGCGGUUGUAGAAUUAGGUGAUGGCCAUUAUUUGACAACUAAACCAACUGAGAAAGUAAUCGUGAACAAAAGCUGAAUCAAUUUUACAAAUCAUUCAUCAAUUUCCAAAUGACCUGCUUGUAAUGUCUGGGGAUUUUUAUUUUCCUUCUUAACACCAUGUUGCAUUGUCUUAAACUAAGAAUUGC